AUGGAUGAAUCUGUUAAUCGCCGAAUCUGCACAUUACACGUCGAGUGGUUUUCAAAGUUUCCAUUCACAACAGUCAUCAAAUCCGUCAUUCCACCACAGCUGGUAAAACGAAUCGUUGGGUCGCUUCGAACCAGAGUUUCUUGGCCUUUUCGUCAUCGAUAUUCUCCUAGUAGCCCUGCUAGUUUAUCUAAAGAGUCUGCUUCACCAUCACCCAUCUCCUCACUUCUAUCUCAACUUGAUAUGGAGGAAGUCACCUUGGUUCCAAGACCCAGAAAUGAAUCUGGAUGGUCCUUGUUUUCAUGGAGACCCACUUCUAUUGAAAAGGCUGUAGAGGCUGAACAUAGACUGUUGGCCCAGUUUUUAAACAUUCGGUUCACUGGUUCUGAGCAGCCAAAGGCUCCUCUUCCUUUGUCUUUAAAGUCCACAUCAUCGUCAUACUUUGGCUGUUCCAAGUCUAGCACUGCAGCAACUGUGGCAACCGAAGACCAUGUUCCAGACCCACGUCUGCCAAAUGCAGAGCUCGGUCAGGUCCAAGUCGGUCCAGGCCACUUUAUCAAUACUCUUAUCCUCGAGCAGGCAUGGCGCAGAGAAGAGCAAGGCAGUGUCCAGCCAAUAGCCAGCUCAGUUGGUAGUUUUCUUUUUCGAACAUUUCACAACUUGGCUUUCGGUGCUGUCAAGGAUGCUCCAGUAAAGAAUUUAGUCUUGACUCAUGGCUAUGGUGCCGGGCUUGGAUUCUUUUACAAGAGCUAUCCCACAUUCAGUCAAAUACCAGGAUACCGAGUAUUUGCAAUUGAUUGGCUUGGCAUGGCAAAUAGCAGCAGACCCCCUUUCCCUACUAUGAGCAAACAGCUUACUGAAGCGGAAACAGUAGCUGCUACCGAGGCCUUUUUUAUCGAUUCUCUCGAGGAAUGGCGAAUCAAAAUGGGUCUGGAAAAGAUUGUUUUGAUGGGUCAUAGUAUGGGCGGAUAUCUAUCCUCAGCAUAUGCUCUCAAGUAUCCUGACCGUGUCGAAAAACUGCUUCUUGUUUCUCCUGUUGGAGUUCCAGUCCAGCCUCCAAAAGAAGAAGUCAAACCAAGAACUGGCAUUUUUUUCACUUUGGCUAGAAACAUGUGGCAGAUGAAUAUUACGCCCAUGUCUAUCAUUCGGACAUUUGGACCUUGGGUCCCUCUAAUUCAUGCACAAUCAGGCCCAUCAUUAGUAAAGACAUAUACAUCGCGCAGAUUCGAAAAUAUGGAUUCUGCCGAAGUAUCGUUGAUCGAGUCAUAUAUUUAUCAUAUCUCUGCUCAGCCAGGAAGUGGAGAAUUCGCACUGGCUAGAUUGCUAUCACCGGGUGCAUGGGCAUUUUCACCAUUGCACAAUCGACUUUGUGGUCUAAAAAUGCCAGUUACAUUUAUUUAUGGUAAUGUAGAUUGGAUGGAUUUCCGUCAUGCUAUGGUCACAGCACCUACAAUACCCACUAAUAGUCGCGUAUCAGUGAUUAAAGAUGCUGGGCAUCACAUGUACUUUGAUAACCCUGUCGGUUUUGAUAAUUCAAUUAUUGCGGAGCUGUCCAAUUCUCCAAUUGGACCUUAUUCUGUUCCAGAAGUAGAAUAUGUCUACUUGAAAUAG